AUGUCUGUAAUCAUCCAUCUGGACCGGCCACAUAAGCAUUUCACCAAUCUCGACUAUCUCACGGGAAAGGUGGUCCUACAAUUACACUCUGAAGCUGCAAUCGGAGGCAUUCAAGUAAAAUUAGAAGGCGAAAGUCGGACGCGCCUGGCUGGUCCGAAAUAUCCACAUAAUGAGCAGUCGGAUAAGAAACGUACCGAAAUCGAGGUUCACAAGAUCCUGUACAAAGUCGAAACGGUUUUCCCCACUGCCGCAGUAUUCAAUGCAGAGACUCCAGACAGAGCUUAUACAUUCGCAAGAGGGACGUACGAGUAUCCCUUCAAAUUCAAGUUCCCCUUCAACAAUUCUUGCAGCAUACACAAUAGCAUGCUUACGAACCUGAACAUCACGGGUUUGAGGGUCGAAAUGGCCAGGGACACCGCUCGCCAUGUGAAGAAGACGCUCCCUCCAUCUCUCAGUGGCUUCCCAGGCAUGGCCGACAUCAAGUACUAUGUGAAAGCGACGGUUAUUCGUCCCCAGUUCUACAAGGAGAAUCUCAGGGCGAUCACCAACCUAAACUUCCUUCCUAUCGAGCCUCCCAGGACAGGUAAACCGAACGAAGAAACUUAUGCAAGACGACAACACCAAUUUACGGAUGCCCCGAAUGUGUCCAAGAAAAGAAGCCUUUUCCAGAAGAUGUCGAGCAGUUCGCUCCGGGACACUGCAGGCGGUUCCCCUCGCGUAUCCGCUGACCUGCGGCUACCCAACCCAACAAUUCUGACCUGCAAUGAGCCUAUACCGAUGCGUGUCCUCGUCAAGAAACUGUCGGAGUCUUAUGAGACUAUUUUCCUGCAGAUGAUCCAGGUCGAGCUGAUUUCUUAUACCAACAUCGUCGCCCAUGACUUACGGCGCACCGAAAGCGGCACUUGGGUCAUUCUCAGUCAGAGUAAUAUGGCUGUGCCUCUCGGCAGAGGCGGAGACCCAGUCGAUACGGAGUGGACAAUUGAUUCUAGUUUAUGGAGUGGUAUACCUCUACCCAGUACGGUAGCGCCGUCAUUCGAGACCUGCAAUGUCUCGCGGACGUAUGAGCUCGAAGUUCGAGUGGGCCUGACCCAUGGAAGUAUUGGGAACAUGAAGCCCCAACUUAUCGUUCUUCCGCUACGGAUGCCCGUGAAAGUUUACUCCGGCAUCGCUCCUCCAAAAGCACUUCUGGAUGCCAUGGCGGCCAAUGGUCAGGCCAGGCCAGUGGCUAGCCCUACAAGUCCCACCGGAUCGAUGGAUAGCACACGCCCCCCAAUGCCGCCUCGGCCUGCCAGACCUCCUGUGCCUGCCAAUCCUGAGGACGGCUACGACGAUGCACCUCCCAGCUACGAAGAUGCCAUGGCUGAAACUCUUAGUCCUGUGGAUGGCCCCCGUCGAGAGUAUAACCCACCAGAUGCCUCUUCCGAAAGAUCUGUUGAACCUGGAGCUGAUCCGCGAUCUCCAGUUGGAAAGGAACCUGAGGCGUCCACACCGUACGGCAACCAGGAGGCGAUGUCCUCGUCGGAGACACUCGAUAUGCUGCCCGAAAGCCCACCAGAGUCCCGCUCUGGUUCACCCCCAAACUCUCCCGUUGCGCGUCAACAAAGCGUGCUCAAAAUCCACAAGGCUCCCCUUCUGCUGGAGGAGGAUAGCCCUCCCGAAUAUCAGACGAUUGCAGCUGGCAAGCCGCAAGCAUCCCAUAGCCAGGUUAACCGUGUGCCGUCCCAGCCAGGAAGCAGGCCCAUGAACCUGGGCGUUCCCAACCGGAAGCCAGUUCCCCGGAGUCCAAGUAGGCAAACCUGA